AGUCUACACAGACUCAUCAGGCGGAGAAAUAAACAGAGACGAGUGCAGAACAGGGAAGAGAAGGCAUUCCUCCCUCCCUUCCCCUUCCUUCUCCUCCUCCUCCUCCUCUCUAUCUGUCCAUCUUCAUCCACAGCCCUUUCCUUUCUUUCAUGGAGAGGAAUUAUCCCGCUGCAGGCUUCGGAGAUCUCGGGGCUGGGACGGGAUGGAGUUACGACAGAUCAGCCAAAGCAAGCUUCAUGUAUGACAGCUCCAGGUCGUCCCAUCCAGACUCGGAGCUGCUCCACAGACAAGCUUAUGGCACACCUCAUCCACUCCAGGGCUAUGCAGCCAACCACCAUGCAGGAAGCUCCAGACAGGGCGGGGCCUGGGGAUCUGCUGGACGCACACUUGGUUUAUCAGGACUAUUUGAUACCAGCCUCCACCACACCAGCUCUUCUGGUCCUGACCCCUCCGUCAUGAAUCUGAUUUCAACGCUCGAGUCCCGGGGUCCACAGCCCACUCCCUCUGCUUCUUCUCUCCUCUCCCAAUUUAGAACUCCCUCUUGGCAGACUGCAAUGCAUACACCAGCCCCACCGGAACUCUUUAUUUCAGGGGCACUUCAGGGUUCCAGCUCCUUCCCCUCUUCCUCAACCCUGUCAGCAUACCAGCACCCUGGCUCCUUUCCUGGGCGGUCUUUCACUCCCUCAAUAUCCUUGCAGGAUGCACCAACAUUCAGCUCAACUCCUAAUGGCUUGCUGUCCCCCCAUGAUCCCUUGCUACACAUCAAAACAUCUUCUCAAUCCAGCUUGGGCUUUAAUCGCUUGCUAUCCCAGAGUACCACUUACCGGGGUUCUCAGGAACCCCUAGCACCUGCUCAGACCCAAACCCCUUCUUCCUCUUCCAACUGCCACCUGUCCCCUACCCAGUUUAACCUGUUAUCCUCUCAGCUCCACAACCAAUCCUCCCAGCUCUAUAAUGCAUCCAUGCUCUCAUCCACACCAGCUGUGCUACCUGCGACAACUCAGCUCCCCCCACCUCCAGAAAGGGCAGUUUCAAGGCAGGACAGUGUGAUCAAGCAUUACCAGCGUUCAUCCCCACCCCACCCCACAACUCUGCCCAUGCAGCAGUAUGUCAGUUGUGGUGGUUCUAGCUACCAGCAGAUAGCCAGCCAUCACCGACAUGCUGGUGUGUCCUGCAGUCCCCUGGGAGAUGAGAGGUCAUCCAAAGACCCAAAUUCUUCACCACGUAUGGAAUCCCAGACAUAUCGACCCAUCAUCCAAACUCCUUACUCAUCUUCAUCCACCAACUCCUCAGUCUCACCCUUAUCUGGCACUAAGGAGGUCAAAAGUUCCAGCUCCAGUACUGUCUACUCCUCUUCAGUUUCAUUAUCAUCCUCCUCCCGUACCCUACACACCUCAUCAUCAACCUCCUCCACUUCAUUAUCCUCUUCUAGCCCCAAGGCAAGUGCUGGCUCCUUGUCUGCUCCCUUUUGUCAGAAGCCCCCACCCCAACCAGUGCCAGCGCCACCUACUCUAACAUCAUCUACUCUUGCUCAACAGCCAGCAACCAAACAAUGCCUCUCCACAUAUUGCUCUCCAUCUUUGGCUAACUCUAGUACAGGCCCUCCAGACCAGACCUCUCCUCAGCAACAUGUCCAGUCCUACUCUCCCAACCAGCCUCCAACUGCACACAUAGCCCACUCAUAUGGAGGCUUCAGCUCACCUCAUGCCGAGGACCUGAGCUCUGGGGCAGGGGGCACUGAAACAAAGGCUUUCACUGGUGUAGGUACAGUAGGACACUCAUUCUCUGCAGAGAUGCUCUUUGGGGAUUCAAGCUUUGGUUCAGCUUCUCUUAGAAGAACUGGCAGUCCAUCAUUAGGGUAUGGGAGUGCUGGAGAAUCAAUAGGAAGUGGAUCUGCAUCAGGAGCUACAGCACUUGUUAGUGGAGUUGGGUCUGCAGGAUCUGGAAGUGGGGCUGCAAGUGUUGGUAAUGGAAACAGUUACCACCUGCCUGAAUCUAGUCCCUCAUCCUCCAUCAGUUCAACUAUCAGUCGCCCUGGAUUGCACUCUCCUGCUGCUGCUCGUCCUGCACAGUCCCCAGGAGCGUCAGGUGCCACCAAAUAUUUGUCCUCCAUCCUCUCUCCAGCUUUCAUAUCCUCACCACAAGGUUUUCAUGAUGCACAGCAAGUGCAGAAUCAAUCCUACCAUGCUUCACCACCUAAGACAAAAACAGUAUCAAACAUGGUAGGAGCUCAGCAAUCCCAAGAUGAGGAAGAGGAUCAUGAUUUCCUCAUCCAUCACCUACUUCAUGCGCAGGACUCAACUGCCCAUUCUUCCCAGCAUCACCCACCUGUUCAGCAACUCCCCCAGUCACUCCCUCAGGCUAGGGAUGGGGAAAGCAAGGGUGUGGCCUUAGAUAUAAAUAAGGUUUCAGAAGAGCGCUACCCCUUUCAGAGUGUCAUUCGCAGCAGUAACACGGCCAGCGGUUCUGGCUCUGGAUCGACAAUUAUUGAGGCAACAAGUGGCUUAAACAGUCAGGUGGAGCUAUCACAGAAGAAACAGCAGCAAAACAAGUCAGAUGUGAACAUAUCAAAGUCUACUGCUGUGGGCUUAGUAGGGGUCAAUGACUCUCUUUCCCACUCCCAUACUACCCAGUCCAAUCAACAACAGCAUGGCCCCAUGGGACCUGUGGACCGUUAUGGAAGAGAAGACCCCUAUACUCAGCAAACACACUCCCAGCAUUUCCAUUGCACCUCACUCUUGUCGUCACACACUCAACACCCCCAGCACUCUCAAAUCUCCCACCACACUCAACACACAGAGCAUGCUCAACAUUCUCAGCAAGGCCAUACUCUCUCACAUAGCCAUCCUCACAUGGAGCUAAAAAAGACGUCCGAAACAAAUGAUACGUACUUAUGUAACACACCAGAUGUUCAGCAAACUCACCCAAGCCAGGUUCCCCUCUCCCUGAUGGACUCACCGCCAGCACAUCCACAGCACAUGCUGCAGUCUGUCCUUUCCCAUACCACCCACACCAAGCUGGACCCCCAGCUGCCCCCUCAACAGCAACAGCAGCAUUCCUUGAGACAGCAGGCUAUGGGUUCGUCUGCAGCAACAGGGCCUGCUGGGGUGCACUCCCACUCACAGAACCACUCCUCACAGCUCCCAAACCAGGGUAUUGAUACCCACUACAGAGAUCCAACCCGAACCAGUCAGACCUCCAGGGCACCACUAGAUAUGGUAGACCAGUCUCUAUCCCAGGCUAAUGCCAGAGACAGUGGAGGACCUCUGGAGAGAACUGGGCUUGGUAUGAAUGUUAGAGGAGAAGGAGGCAGUGGAGACAUGCAUAGACAGCAGCACAGACUUACACCCCACCAUGUUUCCCAACAACCAACCUCAGAUCUCCAUGAGUUUCUCUUAGAACCUAAUUUGGGAUUGUCCACAACUUCACACCUACAUCACCUCAACCAACCUCAGCCUCAUCCCCACCCACAUGGCCACCACCAACAGCAGGCACAUGCUCACCAUCAGAUGUCACACUCUCUGUUAGGUCACCCAAACCCCCACAGGAUGGAAACAAAUAUGGGGACUCCCCAACCCCGGCAACAGCCCCAACCAAGAGAGCCUGAGACACAGCUGUCACAAUCCCAAUUAGAUCAGCUCAAACAGCACCCGUUUGACACAAUGAGUCCUGAGUGUAAAGUUGGACAGAACCAUAUUCAGCAGCAGCAGUUUGCUCCUCUGAACCCUGGAUGCUUUCCAGACUCUCUCUUACAUGAUGGAGAACGCUCUUUCUUUCCAGAAAUGGAGGACAUGUUUUGUUCAGCUGAUUUCAAGUCAGGCUUUGUUGGAGAUUCUGGCACAAGACAGGGAACUCAAGAAAGCCUUACACAGGGCCAUGGGCAAAGGCAAGAUGCUUUAGAGUCCUUAAAAACAGGAGAUACUGGAGAGAGCUAUGAUAUGGUUGGUCAUCACAGUGAUCAAGGCUAUGGACCAUACUGCCACAACCUUCCAGGAACUGGAAAUGGUAAUCUGCUCUUAGAUGUUGACUCUAUGAAGAACCAUGAGCUUCCCUCUACUGUGAAUACUGACCAGCUUGGCCUCAUCCACUCCCAAACUCCCACCAUUGGAUUAAACUCAUCAGUUCAAAGGGAUAGCACAAUGAACAAGAUGAUGGGAGCUGUGGGAGUCGGUGGUUCAGGUGCUACUGGUCUGACAUCACCUAUCUUUUGCUCUUCUCGACCCAAGAAACUGCUGAAAACCAGUUCAUUUCACUUGCUCAAACAGCGACGUGAGCCACAACCGCAAACAAAGAAAACCUAUGCACAGGAAUAUGAAUUUGAGGAUGAUGAGAAUAAAGCUGAUGUUCCAGCUGAUAUUCGUCUCAACAGUCGGCGCCUUCCUGACCUGCUUCCCGAUUUGGUGUCUAGUUGUAGGAAGGCUGGUGGGCCAUCAGGAAUGGGUGGGCUUAGUCCAUUGAUGAGUGACAUGGACUUUUCCCAUCCCAGCAACUACUCUGCCCUGGGUUACCCUCCACAAGUCCUCCCACAUGAUGGCCCCAAGAAGAGAGGCCGGAAGCCAACUAAGCCAAAGCGUGAAGGCCCUCCACGCCCCCGAGGUAGACCUCGAAUACGUCCACUUCCAGAACCUCCUUACUGCAGUGGGCUGGUAGGCUCAGUGACAGGAGAAGGUAGGAGGGGUCGUGGACGUGGUCGAGGACGAGGCAGGAGGGAGGAGGUGCAUGUGGACAUGCAUCGAGAUAUAAAAGUACAAAGCCUCCCAUAUAAUCGUCAGCAGUUGAGCCAACAGCAUCCACAACAUCAUCAGAGACAGCAAGAAGACUACCACCAAGCACCACAGCAGCAUCGUCUGCAGUCUCAUCAGCAAAGUGUUUCCUGUGCUUCCCGUCAACUGCAUCAUCAACAACAAGAUCAUCAACAGGACCCAUCUGAGCUGCUGCAGCAAGAGCCAAUCAGGCCUAUCAAGAUCAAACUGCCUGUUUCCACCAUGCUUCCAUCUGAGUCCUUGUUGAGGACAGAUUCUCUGUCCAGUUCUGAACCAGUUCUGUCGGAUGGAUCAGUGGGGUCAGCACCGUCUCUCGGCCUGAGCCCUGGACCCAUCAACACCAUGGAUAUCAGCAGAAAUGAGCUGAACCAUAUGAAGGAGGAGAUGGUGAAGCACCAGCAAAAAGCUGGAGAGAUGAUGUGGAAGAGAGAAACUGAUGAUACUCUGCAUCCUGAAGCCUGGGCUGCUCUGCACAAACUUUCCACUCCAACUGAUGAGAAGGCGUUUGACUUCAAACCCGGCUUCAUGGCCUCUUUUCUAGACUUCCUGAAAGCUGGUAAGAAAGAGUCAGACCUGAAGUCGGAACAUGACGGCGGUGAGCCACGACCCCUGAACCCCUGCUUGUCACUGAAGGAAGAGAUCAGGCCCUUAUCUCCAGCUCCUCCUCCUCUACGACAAGCUCCUCCUCAGCCUCCAGGCACGUUCAGUGAAGAGGAGCAGGGUGAGGCUGAGGACCUGGAUCUCAGCAGCUGCCCGAGUCCCUGCAAGCCUCUGGAUGAGGAGCUGAAGGGUAAUCUGGAGACUCUGCCCUCUUUCUCCUCAGAUGAGGAGGACUCGGUGAGUAAGAACCAGGACCUGCAGAAGAGCAUCUCAUCUGCCAUUUCUGCCUUGUAUGACACCCCACAUUCUCUGGCUGCUGCAAUGGCUUCUGCCAUGGCCAAGGCCCCGCCCCCUCUCACCCCACCUACCCCACAGGAGCCGUCAGUCAGCCCGCCCCUGCCUGCCAUACCCGCCUUCGUCACUUGCAUGGAGAACGGGAAAGAGGAGGCGUGUCCAUACAGUCAACACGGCACAGAGGAGGAGCAAAACCUGCUGCACUCCCCAUCGUCUAAUCCAGAACAGGAGGAGGAGGAGGAGGAGUCUGAGCAUGGCGGAGAGAAGGAAGAGGAGAAAGACAGAGGAGGAGAGGAGACUUCAGACAAUCCACAGAAACUGCAGCAAGAAUCCCAGCAGGAGCAGGAGGAGCAGGAGGAGCAGAGGGAGUCUGACACCAACGCUCUGGAAGUUCAUGAGGAGGAAGAUUGUCCGUCCAGACCAGGACUUACUCUUGCACCUCCAUCACUGCCAGUGCCACCAAAUAUACCCUCACCCUCGGCCCUCCGUCCCCCAUGUCUCUCUAUAGCCUCGGCAGAGCUGAUUCAGCAACAGCAGCAGGAGGAGGAGGAGGAGGAGGAGGAGGAGGAGACAAGUCCAACUUAUCAUUCCUCCCAACCAGCUCCAGCUGCAGUCUCCUCUCCUUCUCUCUCCAAAUCUCCUCCAGCUCUACUGUCCGUCCUCCCCGUGAGCCACUCAGUUCCUCCAUCAUCCUCUGAUCAAGACCAGGAGCCUCAAGCGGGACAGCCUUGGCCCUCUUCACCUUCCUCCUCCUCCUCGCCUUCCUCAUCGUCUUCUCCACCAUCAUCACCCUCAACCCCAGAAGAAGCCCCAGCAUCUCAGCGUCUGACCUCUCUCCACCUGGCAAAGAAGCAGACUGAUGCUGCCAUUGCAGGCGAGAGUGAGGAGGAGGACAGCGAGAGUGGAGGCGAAGGAAUCUACCGAGAGCGGGACGAGUUUGUGGUUCGAACUGAGGACAUUGGGACGCUUAAGAUUGCUUUGCAGACUGGCCGGGAGCCCCCGCCCAUCUGGAGGGUACAGAAAGCUUUGCUGCAGAAGUUCAGUCCAGAGAUAAAAGAUGGUCAAAGGCAGUUCUGUGCAACCAGUAAUUAUCUGGGUUACUUUGGUGACGCCAAAAUGCGCUACCAGCGUUUGUAUGUGAAGUUCCUUGAGAACAUCAACAAAAAAGACUACGUCAGAGUGUGUUCCCGGAAGCCGUGGCACCGAGCUGGUCUGACCCUGAGACGACAGUCGGCACCCAAACAGUCUGCUGCACUUCACAAUCAAACACCGCCUCGUCUGGAGAGAGAGGACAGAGACAAGGAGAGACAGAAGGAAAGAGAGAUGGAACACAGGGAAAGAGAGGAGAGAGAAAAAGAGGAGAAACAGCAAAAGGAGACUGAGAAAAGUGGAAUACACAGAGAAAUGGAAUGGGACACAGAGAGUGAAAGAAGGGACAGGGAGCAGAGGGAGAGACGGCAAAAUGAGAGGGAGCUGAAAGAGAGGGAGAGAAAAGAAACGGAGAGACGGGAGAAAGAACAGAAAGAAAGGGAGGAAAUAGAACACAAAGAAAGGGAGAAGCAGGAGAGAGAACAGAAAGAAAGAGAGAGAGAGGAGCGUGAACGCAAACAAAAUGAAAGACAGGAGAGAGAAAGAAAGGAAAAGGAAAGACUGGAGACGGAACAGAAGGAGAGGGAGAGGCAGGAGACAGAAAGAAGAGAAAGAGAGAGAAAGAAGAUGGAGAAGGACCAAAGAGAACAGAAAGACCAAGAGCAGAUGGAGAAUGUAAUAGAGAAGGAAAAAGAAAAGAGUGGAAGACUGAGCGAGAAAGAGAAGGAGAAACUGGGAGAUUAUGGACAGAAGAGGGAGAGAGAGGAACGAAUGAGGAGAGACGGUACCGUGGAGUUUGCACGGUUGAAGGAGGUGAAGAGAGAAGGAGACAAGAUGGAGCAUUUCUCCAGAGCCAGGACUUCAAAGGCAAAUGUGGAGCCUCCUCCUAAGAAGAGGAAGAAGUGGCUGAAGGAGGUGCAGACGUCCUCUUCAGAGUCCGACUCCUCUCCACCCAGUGACGACGAAGGGCCGGUGCGAGGUGGAGUUAACAGUCGGGCCAUGAGGGAGAUGUUCAGGAGUUAUGUGGAGAUGCUGGUGAGCACAGCACUUGAUCCUGAUAUGAUCCAAGCUCUGGAGGACACUGAUGAUGAGUUGUACCUUCCACCCAUGAGGAAGAUUGACAGUGUGCUCAGUGAACACAAGAAGAGACUGUUGAGGAGAGUCAACAUGAGCGCUCAGCACCAGGAGGCUUUGCAUAUAUUCCCCAAAAUGACAGCAGACCCGCUGGAUUCUGGAGCGGUCAAAGUUCAUCUGGGUGGAGACAGCUACAACCGCAAAACCCUCAACCGGCUCAAGAGGAGUGUUCCUAAGCAACAGGACGUGAAGCUUUCAAUCGAAACCUGCAGGAUCUACAGUCUGUACCAUUCCCUUCACCACUACAAGUAUCACACCUUCCUGCAUUGUAAGAAGGAGACGGACAGUAUUGAGCAGGCAGCGGAGGAUCCUGGACAGGAGGAGGUGGUGCAGCAGUGCAUGGCUAACCAAGGCUGGCUGGAGAGUCUCUUUAACUCUUUCAUGGAACUGCUUAGCCUCAGUGCAAAGGUCUAAGUAGAGACUGUUUGUCACUGAUGGUUUGUUUUUGUGAGAGUUUUAACUUUUAAAGUGUCCGUUUUAUUAUUACGUUCAUGUGACAGCAAUGAGAAAUGUGUGUUAAUAUGAUGGAUUUAUUCUCAAGAGACGACGAAAGAGACGUCUAGAAAAAUCCCCCAGAGUGUAAACCUCCACCAAGGAACCAGGGUCCAUACGCUUACAAUACUACAUACAGUAUAUAGAUUUAUUUUGUAUUCCUCAAUCCAGAGCUGUGUCCACAUUUCAUCAUUCACUUUGGGGUUAUAAUCUAAUCUACAUCAUCCAAAGAUUUCAUCCAUAUUCAUCUUUUCCUUUUUUUUAGUUCUGCUGCUCAGACACACACACACACACACAC